AUGCAAGUAGGCUGGAUUGCGCUGAUUAUUAGUUGUGUCGGUCUCGGAGUGUCGGUGGCAAGUAUGCUGCUCCCUGUCAAAGCAUGGCUGCACUACUGGUUUCCCCGACUGUGGCCGCCGUCGGACCAGAAUGAUGUGCACUGUGUAGCCGAUCUCGAGUCAGGUGGUGUGGGCAGAACAGAGGCUUCUGGAGGAAGCGUUCUUGCCGCACCGGCCCCCUCAGACCAGCUCUCUGAGCAGCUCCAGGCUCCACCAGGCCCUGUCGGGAGAGUCGAAACUCCCGAUCCUUCGGCACCAUCUAACUCAGAUGGUGGCAGGGCUGUUCGGUGCCGCGAGUCGGAGGGGGCACUGGCGAAGACAGGUUAG